AGGUCAGGCCAGAGCCAGGGAGGCAGAGAAACUGUCAUUACAGGGAGAAAGACAAAAGGAACAGAGAGGUAAAAGAGGGGAUGGGGCAUAGGACAGGACAGAGGCCGAGGCUGGAGGAUGAAAGGACCAGCAGAUGCCAAUGGACCGAGUACUAAAAGGUGCAAAACAGAGUCAGAUAACCAGAAGCCCCCAGAGAGCAGCUGGGCCCACAAGCCAUCUCAGCCUUUCUAAUUUCCAGGUAACAUCCACGCCGCCUUUGCCAGCCAGGGCUGAUACUGUCCUAGGUUUGGCCAGAAGACCUGCAGCAACUCUGGCUGUGGUAAAGCCAUGGGGCCCACAAGGUUCCAUCUCUGCCGUGGCCUCCUGCUCCUGCUCCUACUUCCUACAGGAUGAGCGGAACCAGGUGCUGACCCUGUACCUGUGGAUACGGCAGGAGUGGACAGAUGCUUACCUACAAUGGGACCCUGAUGCCUACGGAGGCCUGGAUGCCAUCCGCAUUCCCAGCAGUCUCGUGUGGCGGCCAGACAUUGUGCUCUAUAACAAGGCGGACGCGCAGCCACCGGCGUCAGCCAGCACCAACGUGGUCGUGCGGCACGACGGUGCGGUGCGCUGGGACGCGCCGGCCAUCACGCGCAGCUCGUGCCGCGUGGACGUGUCGGCCUUCCCAUUUGACGCGCAGCGCUGCGGCCUCACCUUCGGCUCGUGGACGCACGGCGGACACCAGCUGGACGUGCGGCCGCGCGGCGCCGCCGCCAGCCUGGCGGACUUCGUGGAGAACGUGGAGUGGCGCGUGCUGGGCUUCCCCGCGCGGCGGCGCGUGCUCACCUACGGCUGCUGCUCCGAGCCCUACCCCGACGUGACCUUCACGCUGCUCCUGCGCCGCCGCGCCGCCGCCUACGUGUGCAACCUGCUGCUCCCCUGCGUGCUCAUCUCGCUGCUCGCGCCGCUCGCGUUCCACCUGCCCGCAGACUCGGGCGAGAAGGUGUCGCUUGGCGUCACUGUGCUGCUGGCGCUCACUGUCUUCCAGCUGCUGCUGGCCGAGAGCAUGCCGCCGGCCGAGAGCGUGCCGCUCAUCGGAAAAUACUACAUGGCCACCAUGACCAUGGUCACUUUCUCAACAGCGCUGACCAUCCUUAUCAUGAACCUGCAUUACUGUGGUCCCAGUGCCCGCCCAGUUCCAGCCUGGGCUCGGUCACUCCUGCUGGGACACCUGGCAAAGGGCCUGUGUGUGCGGGAACGAGGGGAACCCUGUGGGCAGUCCAGGCCACCUGAGCCAAGCCCUAGCCCCCAGCCUCCUGCUGGCCCCCCAGCGGGCCCCUGCCAUGACCCACGAUGUCUCUGCCACCAGGAAGCCUUACUGCACCAUGUGGCCUCCAUUGCCAGCACCUUCCACAGCCACCGGGCUGCCCAGCGCCGCCACGAGGAUUGGAAGCGCUUGGCCCGCGUGAUGGACCGCUUCUUCCUGGGCAUCUUCUUUUCCAUGGCGCUGGUGAUGAGCCUGCUGGUGCUGGUGCAGGCCCUGUGA